UUCAACAGCACUGAUCGAAUAAAUAAUUCAUUGUUUGCAGCUGAGAAAUUGGGAGCACCAACCUCUCCACCGCCCUAUCUCUCGCUCUCUAACAUCUUUAAUAGUUUCAGUUCCAUCAGCAAUGGCGUUAGUUUUGCUUCAGGAGGAGCCGGCAUUCUCGAUGGCUCUUCAUCGAAACCUCUGCAAGAGUGUCUGUCAUUGAAUAAGCAAAUUGAGUACUAUUCAGCAGUCUAUGGAGAUAUUGUGCAGCAACUGGGAAACAAUGGAUCGCAAGUUUAUCUGUCUAAGUCUCUCUUCGCACUCGUGAUUGGGAGCAACGACAUUCUUGGCUAUUUCAAACCCAAUUCAAAGCUUCGUAGCCAAAUCUCACCGGAAAACUUCAUAGACAACCUCAUCCUCACUCUCAAAGGCCAAUUACAGAGAUUAUACAACCUGGGUGCGCGAAAAAUGGCAACGGUCGGAGUGGGGCCAAUUGGGUGCUGUCCUGCGCAGAGGAACCAGAACAACACUGGGAAUUGCAACCAAGAAACCAACUACUGGUCUCAAAAAUACAAUGAAGGGCUCCUCUCUCUCUUGCGAGGCAUGAAAGCACAGUAUCAGAACUUCCACUUUUCUUUCUUCCAUAAUUACGAUGCUGUUCUCGACUUCAUCGAAAACCCAGCAGCCCAUGGUUUCAAAGAGGUGAAGGCAGCUUGCUGUGGUCUUGGAAAAUUCAACGCUAAAGUGGCAUGUUUGCCCAUAUCCACCUAUUGUUCAAAUAGGAAAGACCAUGUGUUUUGGGACCUUUAUCAUCCAACGGAGACUGUUUCUCACAUGCUCACUGACGCCUUCUUUGAUGGUUCAGAGCCCCUCGUUACCCCCAUUAACAUCAGGCAACUGCUAGCCAUGUGAUACUGAUUUUUUUUUUUUUUUGGUGAUAUUUGUAUAAGGUGCCCACCUUAUUUGUAUAAGGUGCCCACCUUAUACUGUGCAAGUAAGACACACCAGUAAAUUUUGUUGGAAGAUAUAGUUCUAAUGUUAGCCAUU